UUCCUCCAGGACAACACGCAGCUUCUUCAGGACGCGCUGGCCCAGGACCUGCGCAAGUCGGACAUCGAGUCAGACAUAUCCGAGCUCAUCAUUUGCCAGAACGAAGUGGACCUGGCCCUCAGGAACCUUCACGCCUGGAUGAAGGACGAGCCGGUGGCCACCAACCUGAUCACAAAGCUGGACUCCGCCUUCAUCCGGAAGGAGCCCUACGGCCUGGUGCUCAUCGUGGCCCCCUGGAACUACCCGGUGAACCUGACGCUGGUGCCCCUGGUGGGCGCGCUCGCCGCAGGGAACUGCGUGGUGCUGAAGCCGUCGGAGAUCAGCCAGGGGACCGAGAAGGUCCUGGCCGAGGUGCUGCCCCGGUACCUGGACCAGAACUGCUUUGCCGUGGUGCUGGGCGGGCCCCAGGAGACCGGGCGGCUGCUGGAGCACAAGUUUGAUUACAUCUUCUUCACGGGUGAGGACGGCCUGCCUGGG